AUGCAAUUACAACGCAGGUAUCUAUGCUUGGCGAUGCUAGUUCUGGUGGGAUAUGUAAAGGCAGAGGAUCCCAUUCAGUCCCCACCAGAUGGCAUAUCAUCGUCCGUUGAACCAGUCCUCAAUUCUGCUGGUAAAAACGUGGAAACUGCAGAUUCAUUCACUAAUCCCAGCCAUGUUACAAAUAACUCACAAAUUGCGAUUUCUGCCGAGUUCGAAAGCCGACCUUCAUCGGACACAAUUCCAGGAGCUAACCUAUCUGUGGAGAUAGAUCAUGAGGCAUACGAUACCGAAUUUUACGACGACAACUCUUCUGUUAUAGUGGAUAUUGAAAAUGAGAUACAGCAGUACUCGAGCUCAGCAAACUUCCCUGUUCACAACGACUCUAAUAACAAAACUCAAAACGAGACCUCUGCCGAUCUUGAGAACGACGUUGGCCUGGCGCAAAUCCUGGAGAUGACCGCUGGCUCGUCUUCCAACCUGUCUAUUUCAACAAAUUUGACCGAAAAAUCUGAAAAUGGGUCGUUGCUCAGUCAAAAUGAAACAACUCAUAACGAUUUGAUAGGUAGCUUCGACGAAGCGUUGACAAAUCUGACUGGAACAUCUGAUUCCGGCCUGCUAUUAAACGGAUCUGAAAAGGCUGACGAUGAGGCAGAUGUGCAUUUCAUGUCAUUUGAGGAAUGGAAGAGAAAGAAUGCUUUGGAAAACCCUGUGGUCAAGGAAAAGACAAAAGCCGCAAGGGCUCCGACUACGACGCACCAGUCUGCUCACUUCGUGGGGCCUCUGAGCGAGGAGAUUGAAAUACCCUUGGACUUGUUUGGAGGUGAGCCAAGCCAAGUUGAAGAUGAAGGAGGUAAAAUCUACAAGGACAGGUUCAACUACGCGUCGUUCGACUGCGCCGCCACGAUUAUGAAAACGAACUCAGAAGCGAAAGGUGCUUCUGCCAUUUUGAACGAGAACAAAGACUCGUAUCUUCUGAAUGAAUGCGUGGCACCAAAUAAGUUUGUUGUUAUUGAGCUUUGUGAGGACAUUCUCGUGGAUACGGUGCUGUUAGGAAACUACGAGUUUUUCUCCUCGUCUUUCAAGACAAUCCGUUUAUCUGUGAGUGAUCGUUUCCCUGUUCCUCAAAAUGGCUGGAAAGUCCUGGGUGAGUUCGAGGCUGAGAAUAUCAGAGAUUUGCAAUCGUUUACAAUCAAGAACCCUUUGAUUUGGGCAAGAUAUCUUCGGCUUGAAGUUCUGUCUUACUUUGGAGGAGAGUACUACUGUCCGCUGUCUGCCAUCCGAGUCUAUGGUAAGACAAUGAUGGAGGAAUUCAAACUGGAGGAAGAAAAAGAACUAUCGGGUGUUGCUGACGAAGAAGCCGAAGAAGAAGUGGAGCAAAUUGAGAAUGCCCAAGAUUCCCCAGCUUCGGAUAUCUUGCUUCGUAGGAACAGCAGCGAUGCUGCCGACCUGAACUCCUCUGUCAUCGACAUGGAACAGGUCGCCACGUUGGAUGAGGAUUGUUCAGUUGCCCUGAUGCAUCUGGGACUGGAGCAAUUCCUGGAAGAAAGAAGCGCGGAUGACUUCUGUAUAGAGACAGACUUCACAGUUCCUUCUAUGGCUACCGAUCAUCCCGCUCAAGAGCCCACGACCCAGGAGUCCAUUUACAAGAGUAUCGUCAAGAGGUUGUCGUUGCUUGAAUCGAACGCCAGUCUUUCGUUGCUCUAUAUUGAAGAGCAGAGCAAGCUUCUUUCGAAGGCCUUCGAGAAGAUGGAAAAACGUCAAAUCACCAAGUUUGAUUUGCUGGUUUCGGCUUUCAACAUCUCCAUUCACUCUCAGCUAUCUCAGCUGAAAUCGCUGUACACUUCUUUUCAGGACGAUACUCUGGUUCUGCUUAACGAUCAACGCAGAAAACAUGCUGAGUUACUCACUAUGUCUGCUUCAGAAGUAGACUCGUUGGCAUCACAAUUGGCAGCUCAGAAGCGUCUGGGACUGCUGAAUUCGAUUGUGUUAAUAUGUCUACUGAUCUAUAUCGUGGUUACCAGAGACACUUUCAUCGAGGCCGAGGUUCUGGAGGAUCAACAGUUUGACGAUAGCCAGUCUUCGCACUCGGCCCGAUCCGAUUCUCCAAGCCCCAUCAUCAGCUCUCCCUCAUCAACCACGUCUCUUCCAAAGAAACGUCACAAGAUACGACUGAGCAUCGGUCACAAGAUCGCCCGCUCGUAUUCCGAUUACUUCUACGACAAGUCUAGUCAGCAGCAAUACGUUUACAGCCAGCCAACGUCGCUGGACGGCGGAGAAGGCAUCCGUGUGGAGCUGAACCCUAUUGAUACCAAGUUCGAUGACGACGCAGUUUCGGUCUCCAAGUCGGUUCGUUUCGAAGGUGAUACCUCAGAGAGCAAGCCAGACCAAUUUAGUGAAGGUGAUGCAACCACACCAGACGAUAGCGGAAGCGACCCUGCCAUAUCUGGAUGA